UUUCUUCUAUUUUUUUAUUUUUUGAAAAUUCUAUUUCUUCUAUUUAAACUCUUUAAUCUGCAUUUUCCCUUUCAAUAUAUCUCUCUCUUAGCUCACAACCUCCAAUCGAUAAUGAAGAAAGAAGGUCGCCAAAAUGGAAUGGUCCCAUGGAGCCCCAGAUCCGGCCCCUCCACCUCCGCCAACAAACUAUCCGACUCGCCGCCAACGGCGGCCGGGCUCUUGCUCAGAGUCUCCCCGACUCGCAUCCGCUCCAAGUGCGGUGGUAAAGCCAAGGACAAGGCCAAGGCCAAGGGAACGCACAAGCUCAGAUCCAGAGACGUCGUCGUUUCUAGCUAUAGAUUGACCACUUGGCGAGUCGCCGAUGGCGGACCUGGCUUUAAAUUUUCCGGUUUAUCGGCCACCGGGAUUUUGGAUCGAUUGGCCGCCGCCGAUUACAUGGAUUAUGAUUACGAUUACGAUCACGAUCACGAUCAAAAUCACGAUUACAUGGAUAAUGAUUACGAUUACGAUUACGAUUCCGAUCACGUGCACGAAGAAUCCGGCAGUUUGGAUUAUUUCCCACCCGGUUUAAUUGUCGAUUUGGAUUUCGCCCCAUCGCCGUUGUCCCUCGAAAUUGAGGCGGACGAUUACGGUGACCUAGACGGCGGCGAUGACGUCGACGACGAUGCGAUGAGCUUCUGUGAGGUGGGAUUCCUGUGGGAACAAGUAGAGGGAGAUGAAGGUUGGUGUCUAGUUGAAGAAAUGUAAUUAAUUAAUUAAUUAAGAUAUGAUUAAUCACAGAAUUGAAUUUAAUCCGCCUCUUUCAGCCAUAUAAUUGUAUUUAAUAUUCUUAUAUGUUUAAGUUUUAUGUUAAUAAAUUUAAGUUAGGUGUACUCAAAAAAAGAAAUUGUAAGGUAUAGGUGUUACGUGUAGGCGGGUGCACGCAAUUAAUUGUAUGUUUGUACAGUAUCUCAUUAUUCAAUAUUCAUACGUGCACAUCAUCACUUCCUUUAAA